GGUUUUCUUAUCUCCGUGCUCUCCUCUUGUGCGUCGAAAAAACCAAUAUGAUCGAUCUACGAUACAAAGUGUUAACUCUAUUACUUUCCUAAUUCCUAUUAACAUCAAUAAUCAUAAAUAUACUCGUGUUUUACGUCAACACCGCUACUGAGGAAGUUCUGGACAGAACAGGUAAUAGAAUCUUAUUGUAUAUUGUACUUAACAUUUUUUCUCCUCUAGAGAUAAUGAGUCAUCUAAAUGGGGUUAAAUAGUCAAUCAUUUCAUAGCCCCCCCUCAUCCUCCUAUUUAUUUUUAUAUUACAAAGUAGUGCUCAACUAAAUGAUUAUAUCUCCUUAAACUAAAAAUGCAUAAUAAAAUAAAAAUAUUAGCACAUCACUAAUACAUAAUUUAUACAUACCUAUAAACGAAUAAAAUUAAAAAUAUAAUUAGCUCACAUAUUCCAAAAGAAAAACAAAGUAAAAUGUAAAGGCAGUUGAAAACAAACGACUAAUAAUUAUCAAAUCGAAUUAAUAAAAAUAAAAAAAGCUUAAAACAAAGUCAGUUAAAAUCAGAAAAUAAAUUUAAAAAAGAUUUAUCUUUACUGGAACUUUACCUAAGUUAAAAACUAGCUCAUUCAAAUAUAUAAAUGAAGAAACUAUGUAUAGAUAUUUUUUAAGACAUAAAAUACCUGAAUUUGACCAAUUAAGAAAAAACUAUUAAGCUGAUUAACAACAAACUGUAUUUUAAAUCCGGAAUAUUUUCCGGGCAAAUAACAGAUUAUUUAUAAAAAUGUAUACAUUAUAAAAAAAAAGAACCGAUACAGGGGAUGAGAGCAGCUACUAUAGUAGGUGAGAAGUUGGAAAGGUAAGAUACAUAUAAAGUUACCUAUUUAAUUUAUAUCUGAAAUUAACGAUAAACUAUUGCCAAUGAAAAACGAUUCGGAGCGAAGUUCGGUUAUACCUACACGCUUUGAAAAGCCGUAAUAUUUACGAUUUUCAUAAAAAUAUGAUUAUAAACCUCUUAUAAAAAAAACAAAUCACAUUAUAUUCAAUGUUUUUUUUUUUACCACUAAGUACGACUGAUAUAAAACUUCCUGUCAAAUUUUCAAGCAUUUCUGUUUCGUCAAAUAUUUUUAUUCGUAUUUUUUAAUUUUUUUCUAGUAUAAUGAAAAAUAAUUUAGAUAAGAGCUUUUAAAAACCCCUUGGAAAAUCAAAAAAAAUUACUUUCUCAGUGAAAGUUUUCUUUCAGAAAAAGUACUAUACUUUUUAUACCGGAGCAAUAUUUCUGAUAGAAAAAUUGAUUACAAAAACAAAAAAAAAAAAUACACAUCAUUGUAAAACCAAUGUAGAUCCUUCGCUACGCUCCGAAUCCAAAAUUAUUUUAAGAUUACAAUUUAAAUUCGUGGCCUAAAUUUAAUUGACAUUCUCAGCCCUCUAUUAGAAAAUCGGAUACAACUUGAUGACGGCAACCCAUGAUAUACAUAACUGACAAUCCUUAUGUAAACGUAACCCUAUGUAAAUAUUAACGACUUAACGGGAAAUAGUAUGUAAUAUUUUAAAGGGCUUAAACCAAAGAUUAUUAGAUAACUAAUAGGUAUUAUCAACCGUAAUAUAUAUUGCGAAUAAUAAUACCGUUAAAGAUUUCAAAAGUUAUGUUCGCGAAUACAAAAUUUUAAAAUUUUAGGCUGAUAAUAAAAUUAAUUAAUUAUUAAUUAUUAUUGUACCAUUUAUGAUUAAUCAAUCAACGCCAUUAGAAACAAUAGAGUCCAUAUUUAAAGAGAAAAUGUACAAAAUGUUCGAAACAAUAAAAGAGAUAAAAGAGACUAACGAAAAAUUGUUUAAUAUUUUUUUUAUUUUAUAUACGAAUAAUAUACAAUCUGUUCCUAGGAACAAUAAGAAUAUGUGAUAAAUGAGUAAAUAAAAAAAACAUGAUGAAAUGAAGAGAGGAGUCACCCAGUGGUAACACUACCCUAACUUGAUGGUUUUUUUUUCAAACGAAAAAUUAACGAAUGAUAUAGAUAACUCAAUGUUUACUAAAAAUAUUAAUAAAAUUAUUAGUAAAAUAUUAAAUAAAAAAUUGAAUACAUUCAGCGAACAAUUCAAUAGAUCACAAAAUACUCCACAAUUAAAUAAUGCAUAAUAUUUUAAGAACAAUUAAUGUUAUCAUUCCAUGAUACAGUAUACUAACACAACAAAAAAAUACCUAAAAACAGAAAUGUUGUUUCUCAAACAUAUCGUAUUCAAUGUCAAAAGAGUAAAUUAUUUAAUUACAUUAAAAAGAAAAAAAAAGGUAUCGUUUUCCUUUGAAUCCGCCGAUUUGUCGUUUUAUAUAAAACAUGAUAUGAUAUUCUGCUCAUGGACGAAAACAAUACGUUAGACAAUUUAGUAAACGAGUAUCUAGAUUAAAUGACAGCAAUAAAAAUAACUGUUCCCUUUCUUUGUCUAAAGUAAAUAAAAAAAAGAAUGAUAAAAUAAUAAUUCACAAAAUAAAUACAUUAACGGAAUCAUUACACACAAGUUGUUUUUUAAAAAACUAUAAUAGUAUUAUUAACCGCUGACACAGGCUCAAACAUUUGUUACAUUAGACACAGAUUUGUACUCAAUAAACAGAUAAUAAAGAAGAAACCGAUAAUAUUAAUAACACAUUUUACUAUCAAAUUUUAAACAUUUUAAGUAUUAAAUUAUUGAUUAUUGAUUUUAACUAAUACUCUAUCUAUUUAUGGACUUUUUAAUAUAGGUUGCCAUUUGAAAAUCAUAAGUAGGUAGUGGUUUUAUCCCUAAAAGUAAGGAUGACAAUAAUAACAUAAAGAUACAAUUGUAGAUCUGGUUGUUUCUACAAUUUUCUAGAAAAAAAUCCGGUAUAUGUUAAUACUUUUCGAGAUAAUGUGUUUACGCACUUUAAUGAAUCACCUGGCAUAUAUUACUAGGUAUUAUACUUAUUAGUAUUUUAAAAGUAUUUGAAUUUUUUGUAUUUAACAUUGAUAAGAAGAAUGUAUAGUUUUAUAAAUUAUUAUUUUUUAUUGCACUGAUAUAGUGAUAUUGUAAUAUUUCACUUAACCUUCUUUUUAUUAGGGACGGAAUAGGUGUAUAUACUUAUUUUUACCCAGGACGGAAUUGGUAAAAAAAAGAAUAUUGGGAUGGAACACACAUGCAACUAAUAAAUUUAUUUUUUCCUAUUUAUGAAGUGUACUCUGUGCAUGCUCGUUGCGCGUGCCAAAACUACAAAAACAAAAAACAAAAAAAAAAACAAAAAUAAAUACAAAUUUGAUAUUGGCCGAUUCGUUUCCUAGACUGCAGCCUAACACUCAGCCUAUUGGUUAAUAUUUUAUACUUAUUAUACUUUAUAAAUAAAACCCGCACCUAUAUUUUACUAUUAUUAUUAUUACCGUCUGCAGCGUUCGUAUUAUAUUAUGACCACAAAAUCGAGGGAAUGCGACAAACACACUGCCGCACCGCUGUCGCUGGCACAGAAAGUAUGCUGCAUCGUCAGCUUGCGAGUUGAUCGAUUUUGAAUUUAUUCCGUGCCGGCCCCGGAACGUAUAUACGAAAGUGCAGUGACGUGGCGAAGGGAUUUUGGAGAAGUCACGGCCUCUACGUUUUUUUUUUCGGUAGGCGGGUGGGUGGUUUGGAUGGUUCGUGAUUUAUACGAUAAUUUACGAACAUUUUUGUUUGCUAGAUAUAUCAGACGUUCGGCGAGCGCUUUGUAAAAAACGCUCGUUAGGCGACGGCCGUGUAGGAAAGCAGUUAGGUAUAGGAACGUCGGUAUAAGCGUGUUCGGGUCCUCUCGGUAGGGAAGCUAACGAUCUUUGAAAUCGAACCUUACACAAAGAUCGCUGGAGGUACAAAUAAUCAAAUAUUUUUGGAGGGUGCUUAAGCCCCCGAUUAUAUUGAUUAUGUCCUCUCGUAUACUAAUAGCGAUUACUCGACGAGGACUUUUUUUAAAGGUCUUGGUCGAGUGUAGUUCCAAAGGAGGGGGGGUAAUUCCAUAGAUCCUUCCGCUGUUUAAGCUAAAAACUUAAGCUAAAAAAAAAAGGUACUAUUCGUUAUGAUGUUGAAUAUUUUAGAUUAUGAGUGUAGCGAAUAAUGUAUAGGUUUUACAAAGAUAUUUCAUUUUUUUUUUUAUGUGUGGACACUUUUUCAAUCAUAACAAACUUACUCCGAUGUAUACAAGGUAGACCCUAUUCUGAAAAGAAAAUUUCUUGGGGUGGCACUAUAAAGAAGUCAUUUUUUGAUUUUCCAAAGAGUUUUCCCAGUAUAUGGGAAAAACCUGAAAAACGUAGAAAAAACGGGAAAUUCAGUACAAUAUUAAACAAAUAUUAUUAAAAAACACAUAUUAUAAUGCCUAUUUAAUUAUUUUACUAUUUAUGCUUAUUAUUAAUUUGUAUUAAUUAUUUUUAAUAAUAUGACACGUAUAUUGUUGAUAAAGCAUCACUAUCAACUAAACUCGGCUCAGAAUCGUUUUUCGUUAACAAUGGUCUAUGGUUGCUAACAGAUAUGCAUUAAAUUAUCUUCUGUAUCCUACUAUCUUUUCGAAUUCCCACCUGCAACAAUGGCUGCACCCAUCAAGCGAAGUAUGUCCGUUUUUUUUUUUGUUUUUUUUUUCCAUAUAUCAAUUGUACGUCUAACGUGUUUUUUUAAAAAAUAUUUAUUUUAACAGAAAAUCUCGCAGGGGAGUCGACCGCUCGCCCCGCGCACCCGCCACACACAAUGAUAAUAUUAUUGUCGCGUCUGCGUAGUGCCCGCGUUAUUAUUAUUACGUUAUUAGUGGUGGCGCACGUGCGAACGGCGGCGGCGGCGGCGGCGGCGUUUGUCAAAAACGUUCGAUCAAAUUAUUAAGACGGGUCCGCCGCCGCGCACGUCCAAACGACGACGACGCCCACCGAAAAUACGCGCGAUGAUAAUAAUAAUAAUAAUUUAACCGUCCGAGGGCGACAAUUAUAAUAUAAUAACAACGUAUACGUAUUGCGCGCGGCUAGCGCAGAUCCCUACCCGCCGCCGCCGCCGCCGCCGCCGAUGACGUCUUCUCGACUUGAAUGCGAGCCCGGCCGUUAGACGCACGAAUGUUUAUAAGAUUAUAAUUAUGAUGAUAAUAAUAAUAAUAAUAAUAAUAACGCGAUAGUACUGUAAUAUUGCCGCGCGCUACCGCGAUACGCCGUCAGCGCGCGCGCGCGUGCGUACGUAUAAUGCGCGCAAUCAUAAUUACGCGAAAUCGCGGCCGUUUGACGGCGGAACGGUGCCGGGCGCGGUAAUCGGUUCGGCCGGCACCGCGAGAACAUCCGCGGCUAUCGAGCAGCGGGAAUGCUUAUGUUAUGUUAUAAUCCCGCGGAGUCGUGACGCGCGGUCCGGGGCGAAUGCCAAAAAAAUAAAAAAAAAAAUCGCGUGUCAUUUAACGGCCAUACGAUAUGACAUUUUUCCAACACGCUGUACACGAAUGUUCGCUACCGACUAUUGGCGCGCAUACGGGGGUGCCGGGGGACGCUUGACACCCCUAAAUCUAAAAUUAGCACGCCCAGAUUUCGAGCUAAAUAAAAUAAAUGUAAUACUCAAGUGACGGUGUGCGUUUAAAAAGAAAUAUUUCAGGGUGAGUUUACUCUUAUAACGAAAAAUUUUACGUGUUUUCAAUCAUAGGAUUAUUUAUUUCUCAUUAAAAAUGUCAUUAUUUCAUGACAUUAAUUUUAAAUUCUGAGCGGAACGAGGAAUGUAUUGGUUUUAUAAUGAUGUUUAUUUUUUUUUUAUUUCUGUUGACAACUAUUCUACCAGCAAUUUUGCUCCGAUUUACAAUAAACACUUUUUCUGGAAAGAAAUUUCUCUAGGGUUGUAUUUUAGGGAGGCCAUUUUUUUAUUUUCCAAAUAGUUUUCCCAAUAAAUGGGAAAAUCAAGAAAAAAAUAUGAGAAAAUAGGUACAAAAUUAAACAAAUAUUAUUAAAGAAAAUAUAUAAUGCAUAUUGUGUAAUUAUUUUGUACAUAUUAUACAUUUAUAAUAUAAUGUAAUAUACAUUAUUUGUAUAUAUUAUAAUUGUAUAUUUAUAUAUAUGGCAUAUAUUUUGUUUACAAACCAAUACUAUCAAUUCAACUUCGCUCAGAAUCGUUUUUUUCAUUAGCAAUGGUUAAUCGUUGCUUACAGGUAUGCAUUAAAUUACCUACAACAGUGGCUGCACUCGUCCCCAUUAUCCUGGGACAGCCUUUUAGCCUUUUAGGUAACUAUUACCAAAUUUUACAUUUAACAUUGUUUUAGUAAAUACAGCCUAAAUGAUAACGUAAUUCAUAAUAUUGAAUGACAAUAGUAAGCUAGUAAUAAAAUAUUAAUAAAACCAAAAUUGUAUUUAUCUUCCUCACUGACAGAAACUACUUUUAAGACUUUAUUUAAAAUCCACUUUCAUUAUAAUUUUCAUGACAUUUCGAGGAUUUGAACCCCUAACCCCCCUUUGUACACGAGCCUGCUAGAUAUAAGAUAAGUAAUUAUUUUAUACUUAGUGGCAUGCACAGGAAGGAUAAUAAGGGUUAUAUCCCUCUAAUCCGAUAUCCGAUUUUUACCGAUAUAAUUUAAAUAUAUAUAUAUAUAUAUAAUAUGUUACGGCAAAAGUUAUGAAAAAUUAAUGGCACAAAAUAGGUUAAUAUAUAAAUACUACAACAUUAACAUAGUAACAUACAUACAUAUAUAUUAUAUGACUUUAAUAACGUGUUUAUUAAAUUAAGCACUUUUUUUUCAAAAAAUAUCGGGUCUGAUGUCGGUUUAAAAAGAAAACUCCGAUAACCGAUUUUUCGAUAUUUGACAUCGGCUUAUGCCGAUACUCACCCCUAAUAUCGUUAUGCAGGGGCGACACACGUAUUAACAAUGGUGCACGGUGCGUGUCGGCGCCGUCGAGGGCGCCCGCAAGAGGGGACAGGGGCAGGAGAGGCCAAUCGUUGUUCGCCAAAUGCCGAAUAGUUUAAAAAAGUUUACACGUACAAUAGUUUAUUAAAAUGUAAUAACUCCAAUAAAAAUGGUACAAUAACUAUUUCCGUAGUUUGGAGCCUAUAGGCACGUGCAAUUUUUAUUACUUAACGACUGGUAAUCUUAUUUAUUUAUAAAAUGAAUAAUUAAUAUAAUAUUCAUAAAAAUAACUGACUCUAGGUUAUGAUUUUUUUUUUUCAGCACUUUUGCAGUCUAUAAAAAAAUAAUUAAAUUAUGGUUAUGUACAAUGUACAUAUAUAGGUCCCCUGUGCACCCCCGGGUUUAAAAUGUUCACUUCCAAAUAAUACAAAUCUGUGGAUUUUUUUUGCUUAUACGGUUUUCGUUACGAAAUUGCACAUUGGCCAAGCCGAGGAAUAUGGCUAGUAAAUUGUUGUUUUACAAUUGCGUACAUCGCGACGCCGCGCACAUUUUCCAAUUGUCUUUCCGCGGCCCUGGUGGUGUAUUUUUUUAAUGUAGAAUAACAGAAUUUCCUCAACUCGUAUGCGAGCUCAUGUCAGACAUUCAACACAAAAUAAACUGUGGUUUGUUAGCAGAACCACGUCUUUGGGUUUUUAACAGGGGGAAAAAACGCAAACAAAUUUCAACAAAAAGUCAAAAUCGAACCGGAUAUCGCUGGUUAGGGAGCAACGCGUUAUUUACACUAGUGAAAGUGGGGAGAACUUCGAAAGAAGACUAUAUUUGCAGAAAAUUGAGGGGCAGUCACGAGAAUUAACGAUCAUAGCCAAACUUUUAGAAAACCCAUUAUGGAUACAAGCCUUUCAAAGUGUUUUUCUCUCGCAUACUCAAUUGUUCAUAAAAAUGUAAUACUUAUAUAGGAAUUGAAAAUAAACUAUAUUACCUUCCCUCAAAUAUUUUCCUACGCAUUGCCUGCUCAGUACAAUUAUGUGAACUUCGAAGACUUGAACUAAAUGAUGGGAUGGAUAAUUUUAUCGUAGAUAAGAAGAGAGAAUUCCGCCCCUUCCAACUACCCCUUACCCACUAUAACCACUGCACGUUAAUCAAACGAGGAUUCUUAAUUUUAACCGGCCCGGGAGAAUUUCAUUUCACUGGCUUAAUUAUUUGUUUUAUAUAUCUGUGGACACGACACAUUUAAUCACCAUAUCAUAGUCCGUCAGGCAAUCAUAUUAUCUUAAAACGUGAUCGUUUUCCUCCUUAUUAUCAAAGACGUAUGCACAAUACAUCAUAGGUAAUAAAAAAUAAUAUUUUUGAAAAUAAAAAACGAACAAUUUUAAGUAUUAAAUCAGUUUUACAAUGAUAGGACCGGUCAUAGAAUCAUGACCGGGUUCUGGCCCAUCUGGAAACUUCCCGGUCUCUUGGCGGCACAAUUCGCCACUGGACAUAAGGUUUUAUCGGUGCGAUUGUUAUACCUAUAUAACAACACGUAUGUGUACCGAGUGUAUCGUAUUCCGGCAAAAUUCGACCAAGGUUCCGAACGGACCAAUACACAUUCGCAAAAUACGCGUUCCGGGCCCCAGGCAAAUCCGGUGACGGUUAAAAAAAAAAAAAUAAUAAUAAUAAUAAUGAUAAUAUUCUGCCGAUGUGUACAAUAAUAUAGAUUAUGUUAUUAUUAUUAUUAUAUACGAGAGUAUUAGCGGAUAUGCCGAAAUGCGGCAGCACCACUGGCCGGCGGCGGCGACGGUCCUUCCGCAGUGCCGCCCCUUAAACGCCGCGGAUUUCCCGGAACACACACGUAUAUACGUAUUUAUAAUAAAGCCGCUCCCCGAGCGUUUCCGUUCCGUCGACUGUAUAUGAGCUUCCGGUGUGCGGCGGGUCCACGUGUAAGUCAUGUCAACGUUUCCGCGAGAGAUCAAUCCCCGUGUCCCGGAUUACUUCGCCCCGCGCCCGGCUCACAUCGCUCCUGCGGCGCGUUUGUCCAUUAGCGGUCCGAUUUACAGGAGUCGUGUAUACCUACCCCGGGGGCUAGCCGUUCGUCGGAAAAUCGGAAAUCGCGUAUAAUAUGUACCUCUAUACCUGCAGUAUUUAAUUAUAUAUAUAUAGGUAUGUAUAAUAUAUACGUGGAAGUAUAUUUUAAGGGACCGGUGACCACUGAAGCACGACGAUCUCGUAGAUGGGUUUAGGCGAUAACAUUAUAAAAACGCGCAAAAUAAUAUUAAUUAUUUUGUAGUAAUUUUAAUAAAAAUUUAAAUAAUAUUAUUCUUUAUAAAUUCUUACCAGUUCAACAAAUUGCAUUAUUCAACUGUCAGAAUUUGGUAUUUAUUUGUUGGGGUGAGGAGGCAAAUGAAAAUAUCACCUGGACGUCAAAUAAUAUAUAUAUAUAUAUAUGCACUUUGUAAUUUUGUAAACUCAAAUUGAAAAUAAUAAAAGCAUUUUCGUAAAUUUUCCUGUUUUUGUCUAAUACAUUAGACAGAGCAAGAUUUCUGGUAGAAAAAUGUUUCAUAGAAUAAAAAAGAAGAAAAAAGAAUAAACACAAUCCAGGGGUGGAUUAACGAAUAGGUUAAGCAGGCUGAGCCUAGAGGUGUCAUAAGUUGUAUUAGGAACGCAAACAUUUUUUUUUGCUAUUAAAAAAAAAAAAAAAAAAAAAAAAUGGAAACCCGUAAUUUCAUUGAUUUUUAGUUGAGUUAUCUUCAUCGAUAGUGUUUGAAAUCUAUGGCUACAGGUGGCCUAUAUUAUGUAAGACACCGUAAAUAAUUAUUCUUUCGGUUUUAUCUUUUCAUGUUUUAUGAUUAUACAAUGUUUACAACAUCUUCAAAUUGAUUAAAUGCAUUAUCUCUAUUAAGUAUAGAAAACAAACUUCUUCAAACCUUGGAUUAUUCUGAUAAGUUACUGAAUCGUUACCAAGAAAACCAGAAAAGAAAUUAAUUAAAAUUAGUAUUUUAUGUAAAUGUAAUUACUAAGGAAUUAGUAAUUAAUUCUUAGUUACUAAACGUUUAUUUUUAUUGUAUUUUAUUAAUUUUUGUUAAACCGGAAAAAAACAUGGGAAAUAAUACACCGAAUUCCGCUCAAAAUCGUUUUUUUCGUUAGCAAUGGUUAAUCGUUGCGUACAGAUAUACAAUAAAUUUCCCUUCUAACUUCCCAACUUCGCAUCUAAGACAGUGCCCACCCACGUGUGAAAUAUGUUCAUUUUUUAGAAUAUGUGACCACAAAACUUCCAUAUUUGGAAACUGUUUUGUCAUAGUAUUUCAAGUGGGUCAUUUUCGAUUUUCCUAAGAGUUUUCUAGCAAAUGUGAAAAACCGGGAAAAACCAUGAGGAAAUCGAAAAUGAUCUGUUUAAAGUACCAUGCCAAGACAAAUUUCCUUUCAAAAAAGAGGGUACACCGUAUACAUCAGAAGUAAGCUUUCUACUGGAAAAAGUGUUCAUAUAAAAAAAUAAAAUAAUAAAAAUCGUUUUAAAAUCAAUAUACAUUCUUCGUUACACUCAGAAUCUAAAAUUAGAUUUAUUUAAAAAUAAUAAAAAUCACGUGAUUAUUCGGUUAUGUUCAUCUAUUAUCUAUUAACAAUUCUAAAAUUUGCUUCAAAUUAUUUUCAUUAAAUUAAAUCCAGUAAAAUAUUACAAUUUUUAUUUAUAAUUUUCCCUAGGAAAAACGGGAAAAUCGGCACAAUAUUAAACAAAUAUUAUUAUUGAAUAUAUAUAAUUUCUAUUUAAUUAUUUUAACAUAAUUUGGCAUACAUUUUGUUGACAAAGCAUCCUUAUCAAGUAUCAACCUCAUCACAAUGUAUGUUAAUUUUUAAAUUCCUAUUAGGAAUUUGAUUUUAUUUUGAAAAAAAAAUGUAUAUAUUUUAUCUCGUCCUCGCGGUCGUCGUAAUAACAAUAACAAUAAUAUUAUGUGUGAGCGUGUUUUCCUGGUUAUAGAAGUUGUGGUUUUGUGCUCACGAUAAUACGGAUGUGUACGUCGUCACAGAUGUCAUGAAUAAAGCAGGGGACGUGCAGAGGUCAUCGAUGACUACCUACCGUGUAAAUCAAACGCGGGUUACCGGCACUAUACUGCGUAGUGCGUAUACACCAUGAGUUUGUUGUUUUUUUCGAAUUUUUUUUUGAGAUCGAUGGUUAAAAAAAUUUUUUUUUUUUAGUUUUCAUUAUUGGAUAUUAUAUAUAUAUAUAUAUAUAUAUAUAUAUAUAUGCUCACAUGCACAAAAAAUAAAAACGUAUAUAAAUACUUCGUGGGUGAUUGUUAUACGCGUAUAAUAGGUAUACAGAUAACAAAGAAUCUCACAAACAUAUAGCCAUUGCAAUAUCUCCUGAGAUAAUACAGUGAAUUGAAUUCUGUUAUUUUUUUUAUAUAAAGUACUCACAUGAAUAAGGAAUAUAAAUACUAAUAUUUGAAUUGAAUUUGUAUAUUUUGGUACACAAAUUUAAAAAAUUGUUUUUUAUUUUAUUAUUUUCGACAAAUUGGAAAAUAGCCAUUUUAUAGUUUAUUCUUCUGAAAAUUUGACGUUUCAACUUUUUAUUUUCAUCAAAUUUGUAAUGUUCAAAACAUUUUUAAAGAGCAGAAAAAAAAGAGCUGAUACUGAGAAGGGAGCGGCCGCUGUUGUAUGUGAGAAGUUGGGAAGGUAGAAUACAUAAGGUUAUUUCGUUUAUAUCUGUAAGCAACGAUUAUUACGAACGCAGUUCGGUAUUACAUAAUUUAAAGUGCCAUUUUUUUUUUGCGACUUUCGUUUAAAUUUGAUUUUGAAACACUUAUUAAAAAAAAAAGUAUUCCAAUGGUUUUAAAAAUUUGACCACGUCUAGUUAGUCAAAUAUAAGUAUUAUUACCAAGUUUCAAGUUUCUGCAUGUAUUUAUAAUCAAAUUACAGCAAAAAAAUUUAAAUUCCUUAAAGGCUCAAAAGUGGCAAAAGUUUGGGCAAAGAUACCGAAAAAAAUAAUUUAAAAAGCAACAAAAAAUGUAUCUUGUGAUUUUUCAUCGCGAGAUCGUGAUUCGUAAUUGUACGUUUUAGUACGUUUUUUCCCCACUUAAGUGAUUUUAUUUAAAAAAUGGCGUCUAAAAUCAAAAAAUUACACUCCUAACAACUUGAACUUUCAGAAAAAGUGAUAUACUUAUACAUCGGAGCAAGUUUACUAGGAAAAAACGUGUCCACGGGCUAGAACAAAGAAAAAAUAAUAAUAAACAGCAUUGUAAAACCAAUAGCUCACUUGAUACGCUCGAAAUCUAAAAAAAGUACAGUCAAGUACCCGUAAUAAUAAUAAUGUUAUAUUAAUAACUAUGAUUACAACUAAGCACCUAUAUAAUUAUGCGGCAGGCUGUAAUCGCAUUUGCUAAUUUACUAUUAUUUUUAUUCUUAUUAUGGGUAAUUGAAUCUACACUUUUUUCUCUGCUUUAACUUAACUUUAAAAAAUUAUUGAAAAUCACAAAUUUAAUGAUUUAAAAAUUAAAACGUCAACAUUUCCAGAAGAAUAAACUUAUUAAUAUAAACUCUAUACAAUCAUGGUAAAUCAUUUUCAAAUUUUUCGAAAAUAAUAAAAUACACUUUUUUCUACUAAAACAUACAAAUAUAAAUAUUUGUAGUGCUUACCCAUGUGAGUAAUAUAUAUAUAUAUAUAUAUAUAUAUAUAUGAAACAUUGAUUAUCUUUUUUAUCUCAGAAGAUAUUAAAAUGGGUUUAUUUUCGUGAAACACCCUGUAUAUGUUAGAUACAGAGAACAACACUAUACGUGUAUUCAUUUUCAUUAAUUCUUCCCGCAUUAGCGACGCUGAUCCGUCCGUACGGACGAAAAUUUAGGUGUUUUUUAUGAUUGUUUUUUGAAAUUCAUAACCCCCCUCACGGAAAUAAAUCCCGGUUACGCCUCUGAUUCUUUAAGACGACAGUAUUAUACAGUUUCGCGCUCAUAAAUCAUUGCCGCGGUCGUGAAAACACUGCACUUCCCUAAUCUGUCAUACUCGUGUAUAAAGAGGUUACAAACAAUAAUUCUCAAUCGGAAGAUAUACUUAUAAAAUAAUAUUAUGUAGGUACUAUCAUAUUUUGACCGGCUAUUUUGUUAUAUCCGUUGUCGGGUGCCGCAUUGGUUUUUCUCGUCCGAAAUGCGUAUUUACAGAUCGUAUCCGUUAGUUCGGGUCGAUUGGUACAAUAUUCAAGUACGUGACUCGUCAUGGUUUUCUAUCGAAACCUUUUAAAUCCUUUAAAAUUAUCUAGAUAAGGUAAUAGAUAGAACCAAAGAAAUUCCAUACAGGUAAAAUAUAACACAUAACUUUUUAAUGGGAUACAAAUAAUUGUUUAAUUUUUAAAUAUUUUCAUAAAAUGUAAAACCUGUGUAAUAGUACAAUUUAAUUUUUCUUUUCUUCUAUACGUAUCCCUUUUUUGAUAAUAAAUUGCGAUUUAUGUUUCAUAAAUUCAUCAUAAUUUAUCUAUUUAUUGAUCACUCAACAUGAAUAUCAAACAUUAUAUUACCCCCAUAUAAAACCGAUCUAAUAAAUAUUAGGAGUAACUUGUUUGGCGCAUUAUCUACAGAUUUAUAUUAACGGCCAAUCACCGGCUAGAAUUAUAAGUUAAGUUUCUUUAUUUCUCCACCGGUUUAUCAUCUAUCUAAACUUGUGUUACCUAUUCAGUUUGCAUAGUUUUAGAAUUACGCUUAGCACCCUAUAACCCUACCUAGGAACAGUAUCACGUUCGGGCCGACGAGUAGGUUAGGUUUCGUUGAAUUCCUGAAAUCGACUCGGUCACGGCUCAGGUCGAACUCGGAUAGGGUCUGUAAAUGCGCGUCCGGAAAGUAUAGCAGCAGCAGCAGUGACGGCGCAGCGCGGUAGCGGCGCGGCGGCAGCGGUGGCUAUUUCCGCUGCAGGAUCCGAUUUCGGCCCACCCGGUCGGCCAGAAUUUUCUCCUGCUUUUUACGCGACUAAUAUUAAACGACGAAUCGUAUCGGCGCGCUGUCGUCGUGAACGUGAAAUCGUAAACCUAUAUAUAGCCAGCCCGCGGUUGAACUGUACACGAUAAUAAUAUUAAUGUAUCGUAUGUACACGAACGUUCGGUUAUUACCGAGAUGUACCUGCCUAUACGGUCACGUAUGCAGCGGGACGGAAGUUAGCGGUCAUAUCCCCUCCCAUCGCUCAUUAGUUUUUUAACACUAUAACUCAGGGUAUAAUAUUCUAUACUGGUCGUGAUGUUGACAACGAUUUUGCGCCAUUGAAAAUUGUUUUUUGGGAAGUUGAAUUGAAAUCACUUUUAAUACAUAAUACAUAUGUAUGUAGGUACCUAUUGCAUACAAAUAUAUAUUGCAACAUUUUGGAGUUUUUAAAAAUUUCGUUGUUGACAAAAAUUUUUAGAAUAUACUAUAUAUUUAUAAUAUCUCAUCCAAGUUACGAAGAAAAUUUUGAUUUCUAGAUUAAUCAUUUUUUUGUAGAUCCGGCUUUUAAAUUCCCAUUGCUGACGAGAUGGAUAAAGUUAAGAUUCUACGGUUUAUUUGAUUUAUUUAUGUUUAUGAAUAUUUACUACAAUACUACAUCUCUUCCCGUUAAAAAUUCAUGGAACGUCACCGUACCUACAGUCACGAAACGUGAUAAUUUUAAAUUUCUAUAAUAUAACUUUUAAAAAUAAAUAGUAGUUACCGAUACAAAAAUAUUAAUAAAUUCUUAAGUAAUAUACGUGCAGUGCUUCAAUUGUAGGGAGGCAUCAUAGGGGAACAAGCACUUCUACUUUUUCAUUUUUCAUUUUUUUUUUUUUUUUUUUUUUUUUUUAUUUUAAGCGCCCCUAAUUUAAUUAUUUUUAUAGAUUAUUUAUAUUAGAUUUAUUUAUAUCAUAUUACAAAGAGCGGAAAUAAGAAAUUUAAAAGUGUUUAUUUUUCGAUUAUUCUGAGUUCAAAAAAAUGUUUUUUACAAGUUUUUCUCGGUUUUUUAUUGUCUGGAUAUUUCCAACUUGCAUAAGCCACUGACAAAAUCGAAAUUUUGGUUUUAAUUUUUAAAUUAUUUCGCUUUUGUGUUCUAUUAUCCAAUUCUUAUUAACUUAUCUACUUUUAGUUUCGAUAUCCUCGUUGGACAUGGAAUAUUAAUGCAUAUCCGUGAAUGUAAUUUUAGAUAGAAUCAUGAUUUCAAAUAUGAAAUUUUAUUGUAUUUUUUUUUCUUACUUCAGUAGUUGAAAAAAAAGAACUGAUACUGUUGUAGGUGGGAAGUUAGGAAGGCAGGAUACAUAGAGUUAUUUAAUUUAUAUCUGCAAGUAAUAAUAAAGCGAUGCUAACGAAAAACGAUUUUGAGCGAAGUCCGUUGAACAAGAUUUGGAAAACCCUAAUAUUUAGGAUUUUCAUCAAAAUUUGAUCGUGAAACCACUAUAAAAAUAACAAUAAUACAUUACUACAUUAAAUUCUACUUGUUUUUUGAAUACUAAGAAACAUUUAUAAUAAACCUCUUUUUAAAUUUUCAAGCAUUUCUAUUCUAUUGAACAAUUUUAUCCACAUAGUACCUUCCAAAUAAAAACUAUCAAGCAUAAAAUGUCUAGUUUAAAAGUUGCCAAAAAUAUUUCAAAUUUCUACUAAAAUUUUAUAGUAAAAUACCAAAAAUAAAUAAAAUUGAAAAUAAUGAAACCAUUAUUUCUGCUCUACGUUACGUUUUUCUUCGGUUUUGCUCCAUUUCUUAAAAAAAACUACUUGAGAAAUCAUACAAAAAAAAUCAACGUCUUUCUUACUCACCACUAGAUUAAAAAUGUAACAAAAAAGCUAUCCGGCUGUUAUUAUAUUUGAAUAAUAUUUUUUGUGAAAAACAUAAACUGUACAAAUUUAAAAUAAAGGAAUAAUAACGCCAUAAAUGUAUCAAUUUUUAUUUUUUUGUCUUUUUCCGCUUUCCUAAUUAUUUUGAAAACUAAAAACUCCUUGAAAAAUCAAAAAAUGACCUCCUAACGCACUUACAAAAUAAAAUUUCCUUUCAUGAAAGGAGCAAUUUUCUAUUAGAGGAAGAUUUCUAGUAGAAAAAUUGCUUACAAACAUAACAAAAAAAAAAUCACAAUAAAAUCAAUUUAUUUAAAUGCCAAAUCCUGAUUAUAAUAUUAAAUUCUAAAAAAAAUCAAAACAUUAUCUUUCAAUGUUAAAUUAUAUUUAUAGUUAUCCUCUUUUGCACUAUGUAAUAAUAAAUUAAGUAAUUUAACAAAACUAGGAACACUAUAAUUUUUUACGAAAAUAAGAAACAAUGCUGAAUUGCAAAGGUAAUUAUUCAAAUUGCCUACGUAGAUAUAUUACAUUCUGUAAAAUGUGUAGUUAUAUCAACAUAAAAUUGGUUAAAAUAUAUAUGUCGUCUACCAUAUCUAGACGGUAUCGCAGCACGUGUGUCUACACUGUAAGUUUCCAAACUUUCUUGACGCUCACUAAGCGGUAUGCACAUUCUAUAUAAAUAUGAAAAUGGUCCGAUAUAAUAUAAAUAUAUGUAUAUCAGUGUAAAGAAAAUAAUAUUGUUUUUUUUACGUAGUUAAGACAAUAAUUAUUAUAUUGGCUAAUAUUUAUACGGCUAGUACUGGGAUUAUACAUAGUCAGUAGAAUCAUCUCAGAAUCACACGUUUGAAGAGAGUUGUGUACUAGAAAGGAAAGAAGAAAACAAAUAGUAUAUAGUCGGCAUUUAAUUAAUAGACAAAUAGCACUUCAGAAGUAACUUAAAUCAAGAUAAAGUUUCCUUGGAUCAUGCCAACCCUUAACAACAAGACCAGCAGACGAACGCUUACAAAUGUGGAAAGAAGAAUUGACCUAUUCUGUAUGGUUAAAGAAGAUUAUCUUCUAGACACCAAUUGCCUUGUUAAAAUUGGAAAACACUAUACGGAAAAGCGUACAUGGAUAAAUAUCGUAAAAUUUGGUAUCGAGGUCAACGCAAGAUGUGACUACAGAGAACAUAAAGGGUGAUAGACAUCUGGUAAAAUGCCCCACGCAGUUUACAAGGUCGUAAAGACCUGCUUGUAGAACUCACAUAUCUAGAAAUCGAUUUCAUAAAGUACUGAACAAAGAUAGGAGUAUAAACUUUGUCAACUACAUGAAAAAAAGAAGAAACUAACGGAUAUGUUUGAUAAACGAACACAUAGAUAUUAUCUAAAUGAGUAUUUUAAUAGGUAUUUCAAAUUUAAUAUUAUUACUAUUGUAGUGACAAAACUAUUAAUUUUAAAACGAUGUAUUUUUGUUUAUUCUCUCGGAAAUAUUUGUUUGGCGAGUAAAAUUCUCAAUCUUUUUAUAGGUACCCUAAAAAGAUACUGAAUUUCCAGCCGGUGAUGUAAGUCAUUUGAAAUAUUUAUCUACAUUUUCAACGGUUCUCCCCCUGGGCCUUUUUUUGUGUUCAUAUCUAGGUUACCAUAGCUACAAUAACAGAAAAAUACAAUCAAUACUCAGAGUAGUUUUUCGAUUGCGAUGAUUUAUCGUAUAUGUCCUAUCUACCUAACUUCCUACCUAAAAUAGUGGCCUACAACAUGGUACAAAGUAUUUCCAUCUUUUUCCAUAACUUUAAUAUUAUUAUAACUCAGUUCGAAAACUUAACUUGAAUUCGUAAAUAAAGUAUAGGCUUCAUAUAAUCAUAUAAUUAUUAUCUCUGCUUUAUUUUACACAGACUAAAAGAUAUUGUAGUGUAUGCACGGUGUUUGUAGUUCUUAUACAAAAGAAAAAGUGUAGAGUGUAAACUUCUAUAUACCUUAUGCAGUAUACGCCAUUUUAUACAUAAUCUUUUAUCGUAAUAUAUAUUGUAUACCUAUAUAACAUUAUAAAUCAUAUGUAAAAUAUAAUGAAAUUUAAAACCUAUCCCUAUAAUAUAAUCUCGAAAAAAUUACUCGUUCAAUUUGCUCGUAUGAGCACAAGAAAUUAUAUCGUGUGCAUAGGCUUAAUACAAUCUAGAAUCUAGAAUACCUAGGUUGAUAAAAAUUAGUUGGAUAUUCAUAUUUUAAUAGAAUAAAAUAUAACCGGGACGGUGUGUGUCCAUUGUACAUAGGAGAAUCUGUAAAAUCGCUAUUAAUUUACGAGAAUAAUCUCAGAAAACUGAAAAAUUGAAAAUAAAUAAACUUCCCUAACACGGAUAACGAACAGUAAGUCUAUAACAUAAUAUAGCAUAAGUAGGCUCAACUAGGUCCACAUUUUCGGGGGACAGCUAUAAGUAAAUGAGCUAUCUCAAUAAUUUUAGUUUCCAAAGUUUGAGUAACGGGAACGUUGGGAAGUACUCGGAAUGGGUACUUCCAAAUAAUUUACACUGUCGAAAGUUUUCUAUUUUUUACAUGAUAAUCUACCGAAUAAUUUUUUCCUGCGGUGACGACGGUCUAUUAUUAUAGUUUUUGGGACGGUCGUGAUUUUUUUUCCCAGCCGGCCGAAAUCGUUUUUCGGGAAUGUACAGCCCCGAAAUGUCGUAAUAAAUGAGCGACGACGGUGUCGGCAGCGGACAGUGUCGCUACGCACCGAGCCGGUUGAUCGAUACUCCGUGCGUGUGCGGUGUACACACAUGCGGCAACGGUCGGCCUCAUGGGGCGUGUGCUUGUGCGGUCGGUGCAGGGUCUGAAUGCGGUCACCGACGAGUAUGGGACACGGUCACCGCACACGCAUAUCUGGCAAACCGGAGAUUUCGCGAUUCGGCAUUGGGAAUUUCUCCCUAUAUUACAUACGCACCCCGUCUGGUCAUUUUUAAGUUGGUUUAGUAACACCGCAUAGUGAAGUCGAACGCCCGCCCGCGAACAAAGGUUGGGGCGGGGAAUAACGGGAAUGCAAUAUUCUAAAAAAUUACAAGUGCCAAAAAAAAAAAAAAAAAAUAACUUUAAGAUCAAAAAAUGCAAAAUAAAAUUUCUUAUUCUUAUACAUGAAACGAAUUUGUGAAACAAAACGAGCCACUUCCAGUAAUCUGGAUUAUUUUGACAUUACACUAUUAUAUUAAGAAUGUCCGAUAAUAAUAUAUAGGUAAUACGAGUGUCUAUAAUAGUUAUGUACAAAUCUUGAAAUACAAUUUUAAAUUGGAAUUUCAAUUUUAAUAAUCAUAAAAAUCUUUUUAAAAAGGAAGAAAACGGCUUAAAAAUUUUCAAAAAAUGUCUUAUUAUCGUUCAAAAAUAGGUACGUGAAACGAAUUUUCGUAUCAAAACGAGCAUCAUCGCAUAUAAUAAGUACUGUACACAUACGUUUCGCUAGCCCUCACACCUAUGAGUAUUUGAGUUUCAGAAUUUCUACGGCAUUUUUAAUAAACAAAAUUAACCGGGGUAGGUACUUCUCGAGGCGUUAUCUAGAUUAUUGGACUUUGGUAAAUCUGGAUUUCCCCCCCCCCACUAGUAGAUACUAUAUAGGUAUAUUUCCAUACAGUGUAGUAGUUUUUAUUCAAUUUCGACGCUCCGAACAAUAAAUUCGAUCAAUAUUAAUUAUACUACGGAUCGAAUAAUCAUUAUCGAAAUUAGAUGAUUUCGAAUCAUAUAUUAUUAUUUUUUUAUUAUAAAUAUAUUUAAUACGACCAAUAUGCGUGAUGCACUCUGUGUAACAUGUUCUAUAUAUAUAUAUAUAUAUUUAUAUAUUAUGAAUUAUUAUAUUAUGUCCGGAACACAUGUUUAGAAUUUGUUAAUAUCCUUGAAUAUAAUAUAAUAUGCAUUUAUAUACUAUAUAUAGCCGGGUAUGAUGUAUAGAGAGAAAAAAAGAUCAUUCUGUUCAACUCGUACGAAUUUUGAAUUUGUAACGGUUCCCAAGGACACACAUAUCUAUAUUAUGGAUAUUAAAAUAAUCGGAUCAGUCGAAAAUAAUAUUAGAAACCGAACGUGGUUUUGCGCUUGUGUAAUAUAAUAUUAUCGAUCUUCGCGUAUAAAUGUAUAAUGUUUAUAAACAUCAUUUAUACUAUUCAUUAAUAUUAAAAUAUUGAAUAAUCGGAAAAACAUAAGAAGAGGGAACGCGCGAGACUUAAACAAAAUUGUCGUUUUGAAAUUAUUGAAUGCAAUUACCUAACCCGUGGUGGGCUUUGAUCUCAUACCUCCCCUAAAAUUGCUUUUUAAUCAUGAUUUAAUAAUAAUAAUUUCCGGGGGGGGGGAAUCAACAACUAUAAUACUACUUUUGCUGAAUACGUUGUUAUUUAUAUAUUUAUUUAUUUUAUAGAUAUAUAAUAAUACCGUUAAUAAGAUAAGAUACUUUAAAUAUUUGUGAACUGAUGUAAUACGCAGGUAUAUUUUUUGAAAAUAUCAUUGCUUCCAAAAAGAGACGUUCUGCACCUCCAUUCCAAUUGAAAUAAUUUGUAAGGAAACGCUAAAAAAAUAAAAAUAGCAAAGGAGUUCCUUCUCCUUGCGUCUCUCACUCUCAAUUUAGGCAACGGCUAUAUAUUACACCUACUGUAGUUUUUAAAUAUAUGUGCGCAAUUAUGGUUCCGGCCAUAGGACCAAAGCUCUUGUAAAAUUAUAACAUUUUUUCCCUGUGGAUUUUGAUCUUGGUUUUUACGGUAAAAUGAAAUACGUCGAACGGUAAUAUUUACACAUUUUUACCUAUAAAAAAAAAAAAAAACAAUAUAUGACAACAAACGCCGUUAUUAUAAUAUUAUAUAACCUUUGUUCUUUUAUAAGCUCUGUAAACGACCUCUGCUCGAGACAGCCUAAGUAAAGGAAUAUACGAACCGUGCUAUUGAAAUAAAAUAAAUAAUAAUACGCUUUCAUCUAUAUAUAUAUUUAUACAUCCUAUAAUAUCAGAUUCCAGUACGGAUAACCAAAGGGAUUUCUAAAUAGGUACCUAUUUAAUAUUUAAUAACCUAAUUAGGUUUAAUCCAAAAAUAAUUUUUCGAUAGUUUCGAGUAAAGCAAUAAAUAUUACAUAAUAUUGUAAAACAAUUACCUAUGCAGAUCCGUAUACUAAAUAUGUGAAAAAUAGCAAACCUAUAAUAAAGACUUGUCUCGUUCAACUAAAUUCUGAAUAAAAAAAAAGUUUCUUAGAUAGAUAUGUGUUUUUUCUUUCUUCGAAACAAUUUCGAAAUGUGGACUUGCCUUGUUGUACUGAGCCCUUCAAUUGUCAUUAUAACCAUCAGUUAAUUGACUACCAGUUAAUUUAAUUUGUCAAUUGAAGUUCCGGUUAAAUAAUAGGAAUGCGAUUUGUCAGUUUAUUUUUUCGUACAUGUUAACUAACCGAAGAUUAACGACGAAAUCAAUAUAUUUUUAAAGUGGCCAUAUCUACUGCAAAAUGUGUUAUUGUUAUUGUUAGCACUUAUCAGUUAGAAUUAUCAAAAGUAAAAUUAUAACUUUCGAAUAUUUAUAUUCAUGCAAAUCAAAAUCCAAUGUUCUCAAUAAGAUCAAAAAUAUUACAAAAAAGUUUCCGUAAAGUUUUUAAUUGGAACAAGAUUUCCGGUAGAAAAUUACGAGUUUUGAGGGAUAUUUGACGGAUCAAUAAACUAUCUUUACCUACAUUAUCUAUAGGGCCCGGAUUUAAAUAUAAAAUACAUCUUUUUUUCAACAAUAUUAUCAGCGCUAAUCACAAGUCAAAUUUUUCAAUUUUCUGUUUUUUUUUUUUUUCAAAUAAAAUACAAAUAUUAUAAAUUACCCAAUACAACAAUAAAUUUAAAAAAAAAUUAUACCUUAUUUGUUAAUGGUAUUUUCGCGGUAAAAUUCAUUUUUUAAAGGCAAUUUUAAUUUUUUUUUAGAGCAGUUUAGUGCAUUUAAAUCCGGGCCCUAAUCAUCUAUAUAAGUUAAUUGCAAUAUAAUCGAAAUUCGUAUAGUAUACCUACCAACAGUUUAAAGCUUCAGGUUAUUAAUAAAGAUGACCUAAUUAUUAUUGUUUGGGUGGUAAUGGAAUAUGGUGGUGAUAUGGAAAUAGCCUGCAGUGGUCAGUACUAAUGAGAAGUUGAAUACCGAGAGACGUACGAUAACUGCGGUUGAAAAUAUCUAAAGCAAUAUAAGGUUAGGUGAUACGGAAGAGAAUUCUGUCAAAAACAAAAUCCUGGGCAUAAGGAAAUCAAAGAAGAUAUUACGGAGGGCACUGCAGGUUCUGCAGAUAUGACCAGCUAUCAUCCUUGAUGUGACAUACCUUUGUCAUAAUAAGACGAGUGAAAUAUUUGUAAACACAAAUUAUGGGAAAUGUUUGAAAUUCAAAAUAUUAUAUUAUGCAUAAUUGUUAAUGUUAUUAUUAUUACUAAAUAUUUUCUUUAUUAUAAUGAUUAUAUCAAUAGGUAUAAAAGCCAUAUACGGGUUUCUGGUUAUAAUAUAAAAUAGCACGUCCAGGAGUAGAAAAUUUGAUAACAAAAUAUUAUUAUUAUUGUUACGUAAUAUAUUAUAAUAUUAUUUCCGAAACUAAACCUUAAUUAUUUUGGGAUGCAAACAAAAUUUUCUCGGGCAGAGGAACUGACGCGCUAUGGUUCGUUUCGACCCUGACCAUUAAAACAGGUAAUAUUUUUUUUUUCGGAAUUCAAGUAUAUUACACAAUUUUAAGCUUUCUAAUAGUUGACUUAGAAAAAAAUUCAAUAAUACUUAAUGAUCAUAAAUGGAUUUUUCGUAGUUUGUUUUAGGAGCGGGGAACAUGUUAUUUUAAAUGCAAUAUAAUUUUUAACAUAUUUGUUUAAAUAUUUAAUUUUUUUUUUUUUACACAUUAUGACCCUGGAUUUAAAAAAAAAAAAAUACUCAAUUAGAAUAAAAAUUAAACAAAAAUUAUCUUUCGUCAUAAUUCAAAUGGAGCAAUAUUAAUAGUAGAAAACAAGUCGUAAAAAUUUAAAAUAAUGAAAUCGAAAAUUUGAUUUCUAAAUCACGGAGUAUGAGAUAACUUAUAAUGUACCGUGUGUUAAAUUUUCAAGCAUUAUUCUUAAGUUUUAUAAUUUUAAUAAUAGUUGAAUACCUAUAAAUAGCCUAAAAAUAAUUAAAUGUUUUGAACAUUUUACCACGUAUACAAAAAGCCAAUAAAAAUACUUUUUAAAACUUUUUACCCAAAUAAAAACAAAAAACCGAAAUGCCAUAUAAUUUUCCGUAUUUCCUACGUUUUUUUCCCGGUUUAUCGCGUUAUUAUUAAGAAAACUGUACGGAAAAUCAAACAACGACUUUCUUCCUCAGAAACUAAACUAAAUUUUCUUUCAGAAAAUACGCUAUUCUCGAAGUUUGGACAAAAAUUUCUGGUAGAAAAAUAUAAUCUUAAAAAUUUUAAAUAAUGAAAUCGUUGCGUAAUCUGAAAAAAAAAUUUGUAUUUUUCGGCUUUUUUAGUUUUUCCCAAUUGUUAUGAAAACUGCUUCGGAUACAAAACAUCGACUUUCUGUGGCAGUGGGUAUGUGUAUUAAAAGGAACAAAAUUGAUCUUUCGUCAUUUUUCGAUUGGUUCAAUAUUUCUGGUAGAAAUGUUGUUUACAGACAGAAAAAAAAACAGCACACACAAUAUUAAAACCAAUAAAUACCUGUCGCUAUACGCUCCGAAUCUAAAAGUAUAUGCAAAUAUUAUAUCGUAUAGAAAACAACUAUGCAGACGGCUAAUGAACUUUUAUCGCGGUCUGAUACCAUUAAAAACACACACAUUUUACAAACGCGUACGCCGUAAACAUUCGAUAGCGGAAUUAAUAUUUCGUAUUAUUUAAAACUAUAUCUAUAAGUCAAAGGAUUUAUUGUAACUGAUAUAAUUUACAUCAUUUUUUGGUUUUUUUUUUUUUUUUUUGUUAUUUACUUUUAGGUUUAAUUGGUUUUCCUUUUCAGCACUCAAUAAACAAGCAAAACACAUCUAUUGUUAGUAUAUCGCAUAUGUUUGUAUACAGUAAUAUUAUAAUUACAUUAAUAUUAUACAUACGCAUACACGUCGUAUUGGAAUUAUUUAUUAGUAGCGCUUAACAGGAGGCGUUUUUACAAUAAAACGUAUCAUUACCUACACGUAAAUAAUACAAAAUCAACAAGUGUCUAUUAGAUUACAUUAUGUAACAAUUUGUGUACUACGUAGUCCGUGCAACGUUUCGCGAUAAAAAUAAUGAUUGCAUAGGUAUUCACUGUAUUGAAUUUGGGGGGAAUCCCCUAUAAUUUUGUUCCUUGAUUUUAUCGUGCAUUUAAAUCAGUUCAAGGACGCUUUACAUUGGAAUAUACGUAUAGAUACGAAAAGUCGGUUUUUAUUCGUAAAACACAGCGUGUGAAUAUUAAAAUUAAAAUUCUAACCAUUAUUUUCUUGACGUUUUGUCAGAAGUUGUGCAUAAAAUUUGUUUCUGUUUUGAAGAAAAACUGUCAUUAUAGUAAAACGUGUUGCAAUCAACAUUUCUAUCCGCAGACUUUUAUCCGGUGGAGGGGAUCAACGGUAUAAUUAAAAAAAAUAAACGUUGAUUUUUAGUCACGUUUUCAUAUACCUACGUUUCAGACGGAAUUUAAAACCCAAGGGAGGGUACAUACAUUUCUUAUUUUAUAUAUUUUGUUAUUGCGCGAUUAUAAGAAUAUAAGUUUAUUUAAUUUACUUGUCAUGUUUACGGGGUUGCGGUGAACAAAGCUAAUAAAAAAGUUAAAAUGGUCGUAGAAAAAAUAAAUGAAUAGUGCUAUAUUUCCAUAUAAAUGUCUAAUUGUAUAUUAUAUAAAUGUAGUUAUGUAGUAUGUACAUACUCGGACAGAAGAAAAAGAAAUAAAACGUUAAAAUUAUUAUAAUAAAUUACGAGUACCUACUAGAUAUUGCAUAUUUGUCGUUGAUCGGUUACUAUAGCGCCAUCUAUUAACCACGACUAUAUAUCCAUUGGUGCAGUACACUAUAAUGCUUUGUUUACACGGGAUGAGCGCUUGGCCGAGACAGUGAUCUCAGUCGAGUACUCGACUAAUCUAGACACAAGGUACUGUACUCGACCUGGUGAUCGGUCGAGUGAAAUGACGAACGAAUGAAUAGAAACCGUUUCUAUUCACUAGGCCGUAUUACAGGCUUAGUAUUACAACACUACUCGCUUUUCAACUCUCAUCUGGUAGUUUAGAUACGCCGAAUUCUGUACAACUUAGUCAGUGGCAGCCAAAUGAUUGUGCCAUGGGCGUGGGGCAAGGGGGAUAAGGCUUUUAACAAUUAUUUGUAUUUACAUUUUUUUUUUUCUACAUAAAUGUAUAUGUGAUACUUAUAAUAAUAUAUAUUAUCAGAAAUAUUGAAGAAUUCCUUAUAAAUGAGAAAAUACGAAGAAUAUGUCAUGUAUAUUAUAGUAAUGUCGAAUAUUUUUUAAUUGAUUCUCCUUUUUCCAACGCCAUCGUAUGUUUCCGAAAAAGGUCUCGGGUGGUAUAUAUCUUCUUCUACCCCACCCCGCCUCCCGUUUGACCGCUCCUAAUCUUAGUAUUAGGGGUAAUCGCUCGACUCAUCGAAUAAAACGCGUAUAGACGAUAACUCAAACUGCAAUAACGGUGCUCGGCCAAGUAGCAAAACGAGUUCCACGGUCGAGUACUCGUCCCGUGUAAACAAGCUAUAAAUAUUAAAAUGUCAUUUUUAAUUUUUCUUUUUUAUAUAUAAAUUGUUUUAUAUAAAUACGUCUCAAGUGUUCACUUUGCUAAUACUAAUAUUUAAAAAAUGUCAACCGAGUUUACUCGGUUUUAAUAAUUAUCACGAAAAAAUAUCUAUCUUGUUAAAUAAUCAAAAUACCGUAAUUUAUUGUCUAUGAUUAAUAAUAAAUUAAUGUAUUUGAUAAAUACACCUACAACUAUUAGGAUUCGUUUGGUUUCAGUUUUAUUUCGUAGACAUUUGUUGUUCUAUAAAUUUGUUUUAAAUUGUCUAUUCGUUUUAUUCAAUUUACAGAGUAUUAUGGAUACAGAAUAAUUUUUAGGGACUUUUAAUUAGGUUUAGAUAUAGGUACCUGUUUAGUUAUGACCUCGAUUUGUAAUUUGAUAGAUUCUGAGCACGGCGCAUUGCACGCCGAACAAUGUUUUACUAUGAUGUAUGAUUUAAUUUUUUUUUAAUUUUUAUAUCUGUUCACAACUUCUCUCCAAACAAUCUCGCUGCGACUUCAGGAAGGUGGUUUCCGGUAGCCUAGUCUUGCCUAGUUGGUGCAUCAGGAAAGUGAUUUUUUCUCCCUUGUAGUUUUCUUAAUAAUCGAGAGGGAUAUGAUGGUGGGAUAAGGCUAGUAAACGUUCUUACGCGAUAUUAUAUUUGUUAUUUUUUUUUCGACCUGGAAGCAGAGGACGAUGGAGCACAGGUCUUACUACCAGUAGCUUCGAAUAUAUAACAGUUUUUCUAAAUAGUGGCGGAUGUACAUAUAGUAUACACUGUAAUAUAUAUAAUACAAUUACACGUUAUUUCGCACACGCAAUAACGCGGGACCCAAUUUAAGUGCGUCGUGUCUCUAAAAUAUAAUAUCGUACACCGUUUCGAGUCAGCUCGACAGCUAUCGUCGCAGCGGUUCCGUCGCGGCGGCCGAAAAUAAUUUCACGCGCGAGACGACGACGGAACUUGCAAGCUCCUUCCCUUCGCCCCCCUUCGUACACAACUACGAGACAUGUCAUGGUGCCAAAACUGAAGCGUACGGUCAAAAAGAAACACGACGGUUUUAAUUUUUAAUAUCUGUCGAAGCUCGAUUUUUAACACGGCGAGUCCGCCGGAUGCCAUUCCGAACCGUAAUGCGUGUGGGAUUUAUAUGUGACAAAUAUCGACGUUCAGCAUAAACGAAAGUUUAAACGUACUUAAAUUCACAUAAAAAUGCAAACAUGCAAUCAUAUUUUAGCACUGCGGGGCCUUUAGCGCCCAUUUUAUGUGAACACAUUUUUUUUUGGAUUCGGAAUGUAGCGAGAGUUGGUUUUAAAAUGAUGUUUAUUUAUGUAUUAUUAAUAUUAUUAUUUUUUUAUUUUUUUUUUUUUUAUCUUAAUAGUGUCAUUUAAUUUCGACGCAGAUUAACGAUCCUAUAUUAAUCAUGACGAAAAUCGAUAAACCAUUUUUGGUUGAAAUUACAGAAGAAUCUGAGCAAUAAUUUUCCUGUUUGUGACGCAUAAAUUCUUACAAAUAUAAUAUAUAUGUGAUUAAAAAAAAAAAAAAACUUAUUCGAAUAUCACAAAACGUGUUAAUCAAACGAGAUUGCAGCUACAGUCGCGUCGCGUCGCUGCAACCGUUUGAGCGCGUAAUAUAAUUAUUAUUUUAUUAACUUACGAAAUAGUAAACAUAGUAAUAUUAUAAAUACACGCGUACACACACAGAGAAUUAUUACAAGACGGGGGCCCGAAAGGGCUUCGAAGCCGCGGUUUCUUGUUAGCAUUGUUGGUAGUAAACCCUUCACUUCCCCCCUCUCUCUCUAUGCGUCUACAACGGAAGGAAGAAACACCCGCCCCCCCCCCCUUACAUUUGCAGUUCCAUAAUAUUAUUUUGCAGGCGGCGCGGCAAUGACAUCGUCCAAAGAUAUCGCAUCCUCCACAGCCCCGGUCAUGUUCCGCUGUUGGUUUCAAAUUUAUAGACGUCGUCGUUUAUUUAUAAAAAUCGAUUGCAAUUUCCCCACAUCGUCGUACCAGAGUACGCCCCUAUAUUGCAAAGUAUAAUGUAUGUUAGUGAAAGAAAAAAAAGGCGUUUUUUUUCGUAUCAGAAGCCAAAACGACCGAAUUUAAAUAUUCAAAACAUAUAUAUAUACUGGAUACUGGGUAGUCGUGUCAAAUUUUCGAUGUACUAUCACUGCGAAUUUGCGGAGCGAUCGAUCCGACACUUUACGCAGCUGAAAAUCUCGAUGACUCCAUUUUCAUAUUGUUGUAAUUUUCCACCUGUAAUCGAUUUUCGACAAUCGAAUAACGAGAGAUUAUUUUUUUUUGUUAGAUUAUCUUAAUCCCAUCGAAGUGUGUGAACCAAAAUAUGAAAUAAUGUGAUAUAUCCCCAAUUAAAAAUAACCUAGGAAUACGUUAAACACUUAAACCCGCAUAUACUGUCUUCUUGCAAACGUAUAACAUAACAAAUUUGCGUUCAGUAGAAACAAUUUAAUGCUGUUAGUUUUAAUAUUAACAUUAUAGUCAGUUGACCUAUUAUUAGACUUAUAGAUAAGAACAUAAACUGUGUGACAAUGGUGCUAUUUUUUUGAUAUUUUAAUUUUCGAGUGAUAUAAUAAACAUUAUUAAAUUGUGAUAUUUCACAUAAUAAAAUAUUCAGAUCGCUUUUAAACAUUAAAAUAACAAAAAAAAAAAAUUGCACCAACGUUGCACAUAUAAUGUUCUUAUCUUUGAGUUUGAUAACAGGUCUAUUCAUUAUAAUAUUACAAUCAAUAGCAUAAAGUUGUCCCUGCUGAAUGCUAGUAUACCAUGUGCCGUACGUUUGUAAGACUGAGACAGCGCAUGCGAGUAUAAAUCAGAAAUACAUCUGUAAUAAAAUAUUGGACGUUUUGGCAUUAAAUGUCGUCGAAAAUUAUGGUAACUGAAUGUUUAAACAAAUUCAAAAUUCAUAGACUCCAGAUUACGACGCAUUUUUAAAUUUUAAUCGUAAAUAAUUAAUUCUGUAAUCAUAUGGCUAUAUGCAUUAUGUUCCUAAUCUCGUAGUUUUAUUUCAUUAAUACAUCACAAUAAUAAUGAAUUGUUAUAAUUGCUAUAACUAUGUAAUGUAAACAAUGAAUCGCUAUAGAAAACGCCAAACAUUAUUUUUAAUGUGUUAAAAUAUUAUUCCGAUAGAUAGUAUUUCUAUUGUCGUAAUGGAUAUUUUCAUUAUUUUGACUUUUAUUUAAACUAGGUCGAAAACUACAACUGAAUACGUUUAUUGUCAUCGUCUUUGGUUAUAAUAUUUGCAUUAUGUCAAAAAUAAUGGAGUUUAAGGAUGCAGUUCCCGAACAAGAGGUGUUCAACGUAAGACUUGUAAAAUGUAGCCCACCGAUAAUAAUAAAAGACGGGUCAAAAAUCGAAGACAAUUCCAAGGUACGAGAGAAAUAUAUUUGAUAAUAAUAUUGGUAAAUUAAUGUAUGUCAUAUAAAUAACAUCAAAUUAAUUUAAGGAGACGAAACUGAACACAGCAGUUAUAAUACGUGUUUAAAUUGGUAGGAAUCAAAGGGCCGGAAAUUUAAUUGAAAACUUCCGGGGGAAAAAAACCGUUCUUUUUUCCUAGAGCCCCCAAAAAUAUGGAAAAUUGGAGAAUACUGAAACAAUGUAUUUCCCGAAAACCCCGAAGUUUUCAAAUAAUAAUAAAAAAAAACAUUUUAAAAACCCCGUGAAAAUCAUUUUUUUUUUUCGGAAAAAUUGAUUCCUAUAGAUAUGUACCCGGUACAGGAUUUCAAUACUACAAUUUGAAGGAAAAAGAGUUGGUACUAUGUGCUUACCACAGGUAGACCACUGUUAUAGGUGGAAAUUCGUGAUUAUUAUACGUAAUUAAUUGUAUUUAUAUAAUUUAUGACUAUAGACUGUUGCAAUGGGAAAACGGUGAAGCAUGAUGGGCAAGCAUUUGUUUCGUUAACAUUCUGCCUUUCCGGUAGUUUUCCUCCGAAUAAAUUGAAAUUUAAAUAUUAACCACGCAAAGCACUCCUAUAAAAAGUAUUUUUUGAGAUUAAAAAAAAAAAAAAAACGGAAAAAAAACAACUUUUAUUGUUAUAAUAAAUUAUUGUACAAUUGACGAGUACCUAACAGAUUAUCUUCGUAAUAAAAUAAAAAAUAAAAUCACGCGUUUAUAGGGUUGCAUGGACUACACCGUCUACACUGAGUAAAAGGGUAUUUUUUGGGUAUAAUUUAUUUAAAAAAAAAAACAACAACAACGACAACCAAACAAUGUUUAAGUUCGUGUAUAAAUUAUAUACACACCAAUGUAAUAAUAAUAUAUUCGUAUUCGCCCCGCGUUUUGAGUAACGCAUUGUAUCAUAACAGAUAAAACGUACAUACACACACAUGGUAUAAAUAUACAUAGUAAAAAAGAACGAAUAAUGUUGGCACGUUACAAAAAUAAGUAAGGUAUAGGUAGGUACUUCGUCCCGUAUACGACGUAUCAAAGUUAAUAUUUCAAACGGGAUGGGGGAGAAUGGAGGAUGUAUUUUUAUCAAGAUAAGUGAAAGCAUUAUUUUGUACCUGCAGUAUAGAGACCGUACGCGGGGCGGCGUACAGCAAUAAAAAUUAAAAUCUUCAAAUACGAAGUACAUAAAUACGUUCGUCGCGUAUUAAAAUACUAUAAUACCCGUGUAUAUAUGUAUAUUCGUGUUUGUCUAUACCUGUAGUACACGUGUUCAUUAUUAUUAUAAUAUUAAAUUCCGUCGUGUGUAAAACUUGUUCGCGUUUAGCCGGGAAUCACGGUAGAUUUUUUUCUCCCCCCCACCCCACCCCCCUCCGUCAUACGAUAUACGAUGGGACUGAACGUUAAAGAUUACGUUUCCAUAUAUUAUUAUGCGAGGGGAAGAUCUCAAAGGACGGCGGCUUCAGCGGCGAUCGCGUAGGAUUACCGCGGCCGCGUGUCACGUCUUAUUAUUUUUUUCUUAAACUCGACGGCGGCGGCGACGACGUUCACGUCACUCGGCCCGGGGAUGGGAUGAAAUUUAUAAUUAUAAUAAAAAAAAAAAACUUGAGAUCUCGUAUAAAUCCUAUCUAUGAAGGUAUUAAUUUUCGGCCGUCGGAUCUCGUAUCCGAAUCAGAGAGUAAAAUUAUUAAUAUGACGUAGGGGCGGCCCCGUAACUGAUGUAUUUUAAUAUACCGCAGUAUUACUGUAAUAUUUACGAUAAAAAUAAAAUGAAAUUUAACCGCGUCUACAAAUUUGAGCGUAUAACAAGAGUGGCGUGAUGAAAAUUCGUAAAUAACGAUGCGUGAUGAUGGCAUGUAUUUUAGCAAUGAUAAACCAUUGCAUAUGAAAUACGAUUCAGAGCGAAGUUCGGUUACACAAUAUGUUUUGAAUGGCCGUAAUAUUUACGAUUUUCGUCAAAAUUCGAUACUACAUAUUACACUAAAUUUUUUUUGAACAUUAAAUACAACUUUUAAAUGAACUUCCCGUUAAAUUUGCCAGUAUUUUUGUUUAGUCUAAUAUAAAAAAUACAAAAAAUAAAAUAAAUAAUUCAAAACACACAUCAUAGUAAAACCAAUAGAUCCCUAGUUACACUUCGAACCUAAAAAAUAAAAAAAUGUGAUUUUUGCUGAUGAAUGUACCACUGUUUUAGGUGAGAAAUUUGAAAGAUACAGGAUAUAUUUACGUUGUUAUUUAUUUUAUAUUAUCUGUAUGCGUCAAUAACUCGGUACUGAGCGAUACUAUAACUGACAUUGAUAACUGAUAAUAAUUCAGUAAACUUGUUUUUUAAUACCGUGAUAUUUACGAUUUUCGUCAAAAUUUGAACUAAAUAAAUCUUAUAAAAUUAUUAUAAGAUUACUAUCAAAUACAAUUUAUAAUCAAACCUGUAUUCAAUUUUCUGUCUGGUUAAACAACUUUAUUCACAUAUUAAAAUAACUACUCUGAGUAUAAAAAAACGACUACCUUUACACCAACAAGACAACAUUUUCUUUUAGUAAAAACGUUGUACUUGAAUUUCGGUGUAAGAUUUCUGUUAAAAAAAACCUAUUUAAAAUAAUAAAAUCGUUUAUGUCACAGCGCUUCGUAAAAUAUUUGUUCAUUUUUCCUACACGGUUUUUCUUUCAAUUAUUAUGAUUAACCACUUUAAAAAAUCAACGACUCCCCCAAUAACUAGAUCCAAAAUUGAACAAAAAAAAGUUUAUUUUUAAUUAGAGCAAGAUAACUAGUAGAAAAUUGUUCACAGACAAAAAAAAGUCACAUCAUAGUAAAACUAAUUUAUAGUUUCAUUGCUGCACUCAGAAUUGAAAAUGCAUAUCAAGAUAUAUAAGUACCUUAAAAAUUUUAAAAAUAUCUAGUCAGCUAUUCACAAAUUAAGAUAUUUAGUUUAUUUAAGUUUCCACACGCAAUAUAAUAUAAGUUACCAAAUUCGUUUGAAAUAAAAAUAAUGAGUAUAUUAAUUAAAAUACCUACAUUUAGAAACCAGAAAGUUUACAUGUUCAUAAAGUAGAUUUUCCUAACUUCAUUGUAUAAUCCAUGAAUCAGAGAACAUUAUACAUAUAUCCUUAUACUGUUAUAACCACCUUUGAUAAAUCAUCUUAUUGUCAGUUAAUAGAAUAGAUAAAUUAGUUUGCAUAAAAGCCAGAAAAACCGCAGUCAUAAAGAAUUAUUUACUAUAUGGCAUAAUAAUCGUAAUAAGCCCUCAAUAAGUAUAGAUUCCAAUUAUUUCAAAACUACAUUUUUAAUGCAAUGUGAAAACGAUAUUUAAAAUGAAAGGGUGAUAUGUCUCAAUAAAAAUCAUGAGAUUAUAAUUUUUUUUUACACAAGAACUUGUUUUGAAAAUCUGUACUAAAUGGUCCCUCUAUGAAAAUAUAAAAAUAAUUUUUAUCUUUUAUUUACGAAAUCUUAUAGUACAAAAUACGGGGGCUGAUGAGCAAAGAGAACUGGGGGCAGGGCCCCCUAUUACUCAAAUAAGUUUCAAAUAAUUAAUUAAUCGGCCCCUCCUCCACUAGAUCUUUCAUUAUGGCCAAUACAAGUAUACAGUGAAAAUGUUGGCUUUCUACGAUCAUUUUUAACAAAGUUAUAACAAAGAAAAACAAAAUCACAUAUUACAGGGGAAAAAAUGUAUUACUUGUAAAUCAAAAUUAAAAAUAAAAUAAAAUAAUGAACUCCUCACUUACACUAACUAUAGACAACAAUUCCUUUCAAAAUUGGUACUAUGCUUGAAGAUCGAAGAAAGAUUUUUGAUAUAAAUACGAGGAGGAUACAAAAGGAAAAAUAAAUCAAAACAUAUUAUAGUAUAAAACCAAUGUAAUAUGUUAAUAUGUUACCUUAGACCUUUAAUAAAAUGUUUAGCCGGAGUAUAGAGCUGAUUGGAAGUUUUGACUUUUCGUUUAUAUUGCUGUAUUUAUUAGGUCUGUACCGAUUUCCAGCUCUAUGCGAGUUAUUCCGAAGUUAAAUGUCUAUUUUGACUAGACUAAUACUACACGCACUAUUUGUGGUUGUUUAUUCAAAACCCUUCGGUUGAAUAGAGAAUUCUUGUGUACGCUGUGUACGGUUUUCCGGGUAUUAGGUGUUUACCGCGCGUAUAGUGGGUCGAUCCAGUCAAGUAUAUUCACUCAGAACAGUCGCUUGUUGUGUUUCAUCCGGUACAUAAAUGUGUUGUUAAAUAGGUAAUCUUAUUGGUAGAAUCGUUAAGCACUCGUGGUGUCUCAGUGGGUUACCACAUUGCUUCUCAGAGGUUAGGACUCCGACCUUUUUGUUUAAAUUGUUUGCACCACCCCUCCCCACCAGUCACCUACCCGACAUUGUUUUCCUAACGAAUUACUGUUUAAUUUCGCUUAAAAUUUCGAUAUAAUGAGCUAGUGAGUUAGUGGGCGAAGCGAGCGGUGUUUUAAACGCGCUCGCAUCUAUAUCGGCCAAAAAUAUUGUUACAUCUGCGAAAUACGCGGCCCGUUCAAAUUACGUGGACCCAUAUAUUUUCUGUUACUAUGGUUGGAUUCAUGGGCGAACAUGAGCAAAAAAAAAUAUAAUACAUGCUCGCGUUUGCUUUUGUAAUAAGUCGUUAAAAUAAAUAUUCGUUUUAUAUUGAAUUAAUUGGAUGCGUUUUUUUUUUAUUAUCAAAUUUUCCUCGAAAAUAGAGUUUACAUCAUGUCUUAUCGUCGAGUCGUAUAUGUUGUAUUGUGUCUGAUAUAAAUUAUAAUUUAUAAUUUAAUCAAUGCUCGAAUCGGAAAAAUAAAAUUAAAGAAGAACUACGAAACUUAAAAAAGCUUAUAAAAUAAAUACUAAGUAUCUACUAAACUACACUAAACUAUUUUUUGUUCUUUUAUCGCUGAGCACAACUUAUAACGAAUCUCGUAUUAUUAGAUUUCCAAGCGUUUCUUUUCGGCCAAAACAAUUUUAUCGAAAUAAGAUUUAAAAAUCUCGAAAAUGGUAUCUAUGUACCAUUUAGAAAUCGCCAGAAUGCUUUGAAUACAUUUACAAUUUCUAUAGAAAAGGCUCUACAGGCCACUAUAAUUAUUCGUGACCGAAUAUUACAACGGAAAAAUAAUGGAAUCGUUACUACCGUAAACUUUUCCGUUUUUCCUAAGUAUUUCCAAACAAUUUGGAAAAUUGCAAAGAAAAUCAAAAAAUGUCCUCCUUAAUCCACCAAAUAGAUCCAAAAUGUUACAAAAAAAGCUUUCGUCGUUUUUUUUUUAUUGGAGUAUCAUUUCUGGAAGAAAAAGGAUACUAUAUAUAGCAAAAAAAAAAUUAAUUAAAAAUCGCGCAUCACGUAUAGUAAAACCAAUACUUUUCUCGCUAUUUUCAAAUAUUAAAAAGACUUCGCACGUUGGUGUGCCACUGUUGUAAGUGAAAAGUUAGGAAGGUAUUUGAAGGAAAAUGUAAUGAUAUCUGUGUGCAAAGAAUAAGCAUUAUUGCUAACGAAAAAACGAUUCUGAGCGAAGUUUGGUUAAUAUUGUUGCUUUGUAAACAAUAUAUAUGUCAUAUUGUGCUAAAUAAUUACAUAUACAUCAAACAUUUUCUUUAAUAAUAUUUGUUUAAUAUUGUACCUAUUUUCCUAAGUUUUCCCGUGUUUUUUCCCGGGUUUUUCCCAUUAAUUGGGAAAAUCAAAAAAUAAUCUCCCUAAAGUAUCACCCUAGUCAGAUUUUCCUUUAUAAAAAGGGCUAUUAUUAUAAAUCGGAUCAAAAUUGCUGGUAGAAAAGUUGUCAACAGAAAAAAAAUAAACAUCAUUGUAAAACUAAUACAUUCCUUGCUCUACUCAGAAUUUAAAAACAUAAACUAUAGUAACAUGGACCUUAUGUUAUAUUUAAUUAUAUAUCGGUGCAAAUAAUACAUUGUACAAUAUUAUUAUAAUGUCGUCACAGGCCGAAGGCGACAACAUUGGCCUCAGUGGUUAUCCGCCAGAAUAUGAAGACAUAUUCAAUUGCAUUUUUCCACCGGAGGAAUGGGAAGAAGACGGUAAAACGUGGCGCCGACUCGCUUCUUUGAAACCCGCGACCAGAGAGGAUGUUUUGACCCUUAAUAGAGAUCUUAUGUUUCAUAUGUCGUACUGGCAAGCCAGUUCCCAAGGGUUGUGUCGAAUCAGAAGAGAAUUGUACUCACAGUGUUUCAGUUCGUGACAUAUGAUAAUGAAAAUUGUCUAAUUUAAUAAUUUAAUUACCGGUAUCCAUAGUCGUUUAAGUGUCACCUAAGCAGGUUCCCAUAAAAUUGUGUUGCACAGUUACUUUUAAUGUUGACCUGAGCCUUAAGGUUUUACUUAAAAUUAAGUGGUGAAUAGACAACCCUUAGCUGACCCAUAAACUACGAUUUUAUUUUAGAAUGUAUCAUUUAACAUACAAAUGAUAAUGUUAUAAAUUAGUGUACAAUGUAAUUUGUUCACAAAUCUAUCGUGGCACUGAAUUGAUUUACGUUUUUUUUAUUCAAUUCUCUAUACCUACCUCAAAUAUUGUUAAUAUCAAUAAAAUAUUUAAACUUAUCAAUUUUAUGCAGUUUGCUGACAAAGAUAUUGCAUUUAGAAGAUACAUAAGAGAUUAAGAAAAUCCAAUUGAGUUGGAUGCACUGACUAUGCACACCAUAUAUUAUACUGGCGCUAAGGGGGUUGGACCUCGCCUAUUCAUCAUAAGUAUUAAACCAAUUACCACUGGAAAAUUACCAAUACUUUCCUAUGUCUGAUUUUAAUUUUUGUAAUACAAUAUAGUAUAUGUGCCUAUAACAGAAUUUGAUUUUAAAUUUUCAGUUUUGAAACUUAUGAAAUUAUGAAACUUAUGAAAAGAGAUUUUCUUGAAAAUUCCGUGAAAUAACCAUUUUAUUUUAUUAUUAUUUUAGAUACACUGAAUUCUAAAUCUAAAAAAAAAAUGUAAGAAAAUGUUUAACUAAUAUAGUUUUUAAAUUAAAUAACCGAGAAAGUUCAUCAAUAAAUAUUAAUUUUCGACGAAUUCAAAUAGAACAUUGGGCAAUUUGUCUAGUUUUCCACCGCUUAUUAGUCUAAAACGUUAUAUUAUAUUCGUCCGUAAAAAUGGCCGUAUCAUUUCCCCUUAAAUGGAUAUCAGACACUAGAUUAGUGGACAAAUCUUUUCAUUAAAGUGGUCGUUAAAAAAGGUAAAAAGAACACACAUACUUCGCACGAUGGGUGGGCCUCUGUUGUUGGUAAGAAAUUGGAAAGGUAGAGAUAAAAUUUAAUGUAUAUCUGUAUGCAACGAUUAAUCAUUGCUAACGAAAAACGAUUCUAAGUGGAGUUCGGUUAUACAUGUUUUGAAAGGCCGUAAUAUUUACGAUUUGAAAAUAGUACAUUUCGUAAAUUCUCUCGUUUCAAUCGUUUUUUUAUUUUAUUAUGAAAACCCCUGGGAAAAUCAAAAAAAUGACCUUUUUAAACUAUUACAACCUACAAUUCACAGGCUGUUGGUUAUAUUAUCAACAUUCUCUGUCACUACAUCUGCGAAUGAACGUUCCUUCUUAACUAAACUCCUUCCUCUCACCAGCUUUAAUGAAUAUCUAUAGAAAUAUACCUAUAUCUACGACGGAGGAUUUUCCAUCGAUUUUAUAUUUUAAUGAUAUCGGUGACGGUUUUCUAAAUUAUCUCUUUUUUUGUGAAACAUUUAUUAUUAUAUUAAUGAUCACUCGGAUGACAACCACAAGAAUAAAACGUUUCCACCAAUCUACUACCCGAUACCCGUUUUUAAGAGGUAGGGGUACAAAUACGAUGUUUUAGAUCAAAAAGCCAGAUAAAACUAUAGAAAUCGCGUUUAACGGAUUUCAAUUUUGAAAACGUAAUAUGAUUUUUAUUCAAUUCUUUACAAAAAAAAUUUCAAUUUUCUUCAUCAAAAGUAAAACAAAAUACUUCAACUAUAUUUUUGAAAAUUUUUCAUACGAUUUCCAUUAAAAAAUAAUUGAAUCUCUAUUUCCAACACGUCCUAGUAAAGUAUCAUCUGUUAUCAAAAUUUAAAUCCGUCAAACACGAUUCCUACUGUUUUGUCUGACUUAGCUGAACAUUUGGUUUAGAAUUUGCAACGCGAUAAUUUCGGGAUUUAGGAGAAAUUGUUAUUCGGUAGUUAAUUGUUUUAUUAAAAAUGUCGAUUAGGUUUAAAUUAAGCAUAUUUAAAUGUUGCCUUAUGUUAUUAGACGAAUUGAUACGACAAGUAGCCUUGAUUAACUUAGAUCGAGCUGAACUGUUGGUCAGAAUUCGAGAUGAUGCCAGAUCGACUAUAGAAGCUUAUAAACAGAUUUCCGAAGACUGUCAAAUGUAUAAUACCAGAAAAGAAAUAACCGUAAAUAAUGGCGUUUAUAAUAAUUAUGUAACAUCUUAUAAAUCGGAUUUGCCUGUCUCUGUCUUUCAUAUAUCGUACUUAUAUCUAUUUGUAUCUUUAUUUCAAUAUUAUCGAUAGGUACAUAUACAUAAGAUAUAAUAGACUCAAUGAUGAUUGUUUUUAUCAAUUUUCAAAAAUUAAAUAACGCUGUGAUCUGUUUAAUAAUUUAGUACUUUAGUACUAUAGAUGUAGUAUGCCCGUGUGCAGUAGGAUGAAUAUACAUUUUUUUUCGCAAGCGUAUCAUUAUUUGGUAUUUUUAAAAAUACCAUCGAAUCUUAUUUUUUGAAAAAUAAAAAAAAAUCGAAAAUUGAUAAAUCAUAGUAUGUAAUUGUUCUUGGAAAAAUAUAUUUUUUGAAAUCUUUUACGUUUCGUGUCUAAUUGUAUUAUUAAUUACUUUGUCAAUAUAGAUGUUUUCCUUAUCAAUUUUAGGACUUUAUUUGUUCCUUAUUACUUUUAGGUGAUUUACAUGACAUUAUUGUUCAACAAUAAUUUAAAUCGUACAAAAAAAUCAAAUACCUAAAUAUAUUGAUAAAUAACGUUAUAAAUUACGUUAUGUGCCUAAUAUCGUAUCUAGUUCACGAGUUCACGGACAUUUUAUUUUUUCAGUUAGUGUUCAAUUUACAUGUGUGUAUAGUUUAAUGAAUGUAACUCAUAUUGUUCAUAACUUUCAAUAUUAUUACGUCAUAAUCGACGGUUAUUAUUGUUAUCUAAACAUUUUAGUCAUAGUUUUUUCUAAAUAUAUACUGUCGGUAGUAACAAGCAUUCGUCGUCAACACGAUUAUAGAGAUUAUAGGGUUGCCCAAUGACCUAAAACUUGACCACUAAAGUCACUUCAGUGGAUCGGAUGCUUAAAUGCUAAUGCUCAUGUGAUAUUGUGAGAGAAUUUCGAGUUAACAAAUGACGUACAUGUUGGUAUCAAAUGUGUGGGAUUCACGCGAUUCAAUUGGAUAGACACUUUUUGACGAUCCCGCCAUAGUUCAUUGGGCAAGCAACCAUAGUAUCUAUAAUCGUGGUUAACCUCAAAUUGACAAGACGAUACUAUUUAUCUUAAACAAAUACACUAAGGUACAUACUAUAUGUACUCAACGACAUAUAUUAAGUUUCGCUAGGUUCAUUUAACAUUUAUACAACAAAAAUUAAUUUAUUAUGCCCCAUUACACGGCUUAGCCAAUUUUUAACGAAAAUUUGAAUCCUCUAGGAGCUACACAUUUUUGAAAAUUUAGGAGUUUGGGUAAGUCAUAACGAUCUAUCUACACAAUAAUGGUCACUCUAGAUUAAAACUCCUAAAAGUUCUAAGGUUUCACUGUAAAAAUUGUAACUCUUUCUUAAUCGUCCAUAGGGAUAAUAAUCUCAGCAAUUUAGUGCGUUAGUAGAUAAGUCAGUCAAUCAGUUAAGAAAAGUAUUUUUAUAUGUAUAAAUAUUUUAAUCGAAAAUAUAAUAUCAUCAUUACCCAUAACAAUUUAUUUUAGUGCACCAAAAACCUGUUGUGUUACGUGUGUAUAAUUCAACAUAAUAAAAUGCAUUUAUUUUCAAGGAAAUUAAUACAAAUAAAUUGAAUCAUAAUAUUAAAAUAUGUUGAAUAUUAUUAUUAUUUUUUUUGUUGUUGUUGUUGUAGGGAGUAAAUGUAACUGAAACUUUAGAAAAUAAUUACCAAAGUUUAAAAGACAGAAAUAAUUUAUUGAAAAAAGAGACGACUGAAGCGCAACGUCGAUAUGCCAUCAUAAAACAUAAUUUGAUAGAAGAAUUCAAUGCUUUGAAAAUAUCCAACCAACAUGAAAUCGAAUUUUAUACUAUAAAUACUGAAGCACUACAAGUAUGUAUAAUUAUUACUAUUAUUAUUAUACAUUUAGAAUUAAAAAAUGUUCAUGGUCUAAAAUAUUAUUAUUAAAACGACAUUAUUUAUUUUAUUGUAAUUUUUUAACAUUCUAUUUAUUUUUUUUAAAGUUAAGUUAAAAGUUUUAAAAAAAAUACAAAAGUAACCUAUAACUUAGAUCUUAAUUUUAUAACUAAUCACUGCCCAGCUUCGCAUUUUUUUUGGUUAGAUACUUGGUAUAAAACUAAAAGGUGAAUUUUUUUUUUUUCAGGCACAGGCCAAUAUGAUAUUAAAUACGAAAAAGUAAUUCAUAAUAGAAAAAUCGAUGACAAUUACACAAUUGCAAUGUAUUAAUUUGAAUAAAACAGUACCGAUGAAUAAUAUACAUUAUUUUUAAAAUAAUAAAUAGGAAUAAGUAAUAACAAGAGUAAUAACCAUCAUUGGAUGAUUCAUUAAUCGAUACUAAAGAAUCCUACACACAAAGUGUAUCCAUAUCCAGCUGCCGUUAAACCAAAUCGAAAAAAUUUAAAAUAACGAAAUCGAUCACGCUCCAACUUUUGUUUGUUUUUCUUCUACGGUAUUUCUCAAUUAUUAUAAUAACUACUUGGAAAAUCAAAA